AUGGCCAUUGCCAUGGGCUGGCAGAAACCCGACAAUGUCGCGGGCUCGUCGGCGCCGGCCAUCAUGGUCGGCCUGUUUGUGGCCUCGGGCGGGUUGCUGUUCGGCUACGAUACUGGGGCCAUAAACGGCAUUCUUGCCAUGACAGAGUUCAAACAGCAGUUCGGAAAACACACAAAUUGUACAGACGAUGACGGAAACAUUGAUAUAUGCACCAAAGACUCUUCCAUCAUCGUCGCCAUCCUCAGCGCCGGAACCGCCCUGGGUGCUCUGAUUGCUGCGCCCACAGGCGACUCCCUCGGACGCCGAAAGACUCUGAUGGUUGCCGUUGGCAUCUUCUGCCUCGGCUCCAUCUUUCAGGUUUGCGCUCAGGAUAUUGAUAUGCUGCUGGCUGGAAGAUUUCUUGCCGGCGUCGGCGUAGGAGCCAUCUCUGUCCUUGUUCCUUUGUAUCAGUCCGAAAUGGCUCCCAAAUGGAUACGAGGUACUCUCGUUUGCGCAUAUCAACUCUCCAUCACUUGCGGCCUUCUUGCCGCUUCCAUUGUCAACAUUCUCACCUCACGUCUCAAAGACGCAUCAGCUUACCGUAUUCCCCUCGGCCUCCAAAUCGUACCCGCUGUCAUCCUCACCGUCGGCCUAUUACUAUUACCAGAGACCCCACGCUUCCUAGUCAAGAAGGGUCUCAUCGAUGCCGCUGGUCUUUCACUCAGUCGACUUCGACGACUUGACAUUACCCAUCCAGCACUGGUUGACGAACUCCAGGAAAUCGUUGCCAACCACCAAUACGAGCUGACAUUAGGCCCUGACACCUAUAAGGAUAUCUUUGUUGGAUCGCCACAUCUUGGACGACGCACUCUUACCGGCUGUGGCCUGCAGAUGCUACAGCAGCUCACUGGCAUCAACUUUAUUAUGUAUUACAGCACCACCUUCUUUGGCGGUGCUGGUGUCGAAAGCCCGUACACCAAGUCACUAAUCAUCAACAUUAUCAACGUCGUAUCGACUAUCCCAGGCCUAUUAGUCAUUGAGCACUGGGGUCGGCGGAAACUUUUGAUGAUCGGGGCCAUCGGUAUGGCUGCUUGCCAACUCCUCAUGGCCUCUUUCAAUACCGCCACAGGGCCCAACUUUGAAAAGGCAUCACAGACCAUCCUGGUUACCUUUUGCGCCGUCAACAUCGCCUUCUUCGCCGCGUCCUGGGGUCCAGUCGUCUGGGUCGUCACCUCCGAGAUAUACCCCCUCAAAGUACGAGCCAAGGCCAUGUCUGUAUCGACAGCUUCGAACUGGAUUCUCAACUUCGGCAUUGCGUAUAGCGCUCCUUUCAUGGUUGGCACUGGCCCAGGCAACGCCGCCUUUGGCCCCAAGAUCUUUUUCAUUUGGGGCGCCUUUUGCAUCAUCGCCGUCUUCUUUGUGUGGUGCAUGGUAUACGAGACGAGCAAAAUCAGCCUGGAACAGAUCGACGAAAUGUAUGAGCGGGUUAAUCACGCGUGGAACAGCAAGUCGUUCGAGCCAAGCUGGAGCUUCCAGCAGAUGCUCAACGACGGCUGGUCUCCAAGCGCUCAACCGCCCGCUGAUCACGAACUACAAGUGACGACGACCGCCUCGAGCGCGGACACAACGCUCGGCGACGGUGACACAUCUUCAAUAACGGUGAACAACAACACCAACACAUCACGCAACGACGACGGGCAGAACAAGGGACCGCCGGCCAUGGCCAUGGCCAACGUCGACUUUAGCUACUAG